GUUAGCGCUGCUUUCGCUCAGCUGUCACCUCAGUGCGUCCAACGCACCUGAGCGGAGACACUGACCGGCUGCGUUUACUGUAUUUGUUGUUGUUCUGGGGAGCGGACCAAUCCCAGCUCGGACUGGGAGGAGACUGGUCGCCGUCACGAUAGACACGCCUCUAUGUUCAAGGAACACCGCUUCAUACAUACACUGUUGUUAGCGACGUAGCCGCUACGGACAAUUUUCUGAUAAUUCUGUUGGCGACCGCUUCUCUUAAGUUUACUUUUUGCCACAGGCGGGUGAAUGCGCGAGUAACGGUUUACUGGCUGGGUCCCGUUGCAGCGGUGUCUGAAGUUGUUGCUGGUGGCAGUUCUGUGAGCCCCUUGAGUAUGUGUAUACAAUGAAGAGGCGUGCGGAGGACCCGGAACCAAUAUUUGCAGCUCAGCAACAGCAAUCACGUCGCCCCCCAGUUCAAGGCGUUGCAGAGAGCUUACAGCAUAGGGCCCUCGUCCCGGCCCCUGCUGCGAUAGAGGCAGCCACAGACAGCAUGCAGCCGUCCACCGGCAUCCAGUUCUCUCUCCCCCAGGGCUACCAGAUGCCUCAGAGCACAAGUGGACAUGGACAUAACAACACGGCGCCUAAUGCUGGUGCCCAUGCACACACUGUAGCUGUUCAGUCUCAGGGUCCAGCAGUGGUCCAGGCUCAUGUUCAUCCACCUGCACCCAUGACAUCACCCCAAGGACAGCAGCAGUUCCAGCGACUGAAGGUUGAAGAUGCUUUGUCCUAUCUGGAUCAAGUAAAGCUGCAAUUUGGGAAUCAACCCCAAGUAUAUAAUGAUUUUCUUGAUAUUAUGAAAGAGUUCAAGUCACAAAGCAUAGACACUCCUGGAGUCAUCAACCGCGUGUCUCAGCUGUUCAAGGGCCACCCAGACCUCAUAAUGGGCUUUAACACUUUCUUGCCACCUGGAUAUAAAAUUGAGGUUCAAACCAACGAUCUAGUCAAUGUGACCACGCCAGGUCAGAUCCACUACAUCACCCCUCAAGGUAUUUCAGUUCAGAACCUCCCAGUGACAGCAGCAUCCAGCCAACCUGCAAGCCAGCACCAGAGUCUGCCACAGCCUGGCCCAAACACUACCACCACUCCGCCCACCCCCACUCAGCCAACUCCAAGUAAAACCAGCAAGCCAGUUCAGUCUCCAGCCCAUACACCCACCAGCCAGACCAAUCCAUCCAUCCCAUCGUAUGCCUCACCGAGAUCCCCCUCAGUUCAGUCCCAUACUCCUGUGAGCAGCACGCCCUCUGCUGGGCCACCCCUCCAGAAUAACCAGCCAGUGGAGUUUAACCACGCCAUAAACUAUGUCAACAAGAUCAAGAACCGAUUUCAGGGUCAGCCAGAUGUCUACAAAGCCUUCCUGGAAAUCCUGCACACAUACCAGAAGGAACAGAGAAAUGCUAAAGAGGCAGGAGGAAACUAUACCCCAGCACUGACGGAGCAGGAGGUCUACACCCAGGUAGCAAGGCUCUUCAAAAACCAGGAGGACCUUCUGUCAGAGUUUGGGCAGUUCUUACCAGAUGCAAACAGCUCAGUGCUGCUGAGUAAGGCCGCUCCAGACAGGGCAGAGUCUGUGCGUAACGAUCAUGGAGGGACAGUGAAGAGACCUCUGCUUAACAACAAACAAAGACUGACCCCGAAUGGGCUGCCUAUUAGAAGACCUGCAGGAGUUGGAAUCGCACCUCCUGUGAAGAAAAAACCAAAAGGUAUUGAGAAGGAACACGGCCUGAAUGAAGUCAGCAAACACAGCACCAGCACUGAGACCAUGUUUUUUGAGAAGGUUAAGAAGGCUCUUCGGAGCUCUGAGGCAUAUGACAACUUCCUUCGCUGUCUGCACAUCUUCAAUCAGGAAGUGAUUUCACGCGCUGAGCUGGUGCAGCUGGUCAUCCCAUUUCUAGGAAAAUUUCCAGAGCUGUUCACUUGGUUUAAGAACUUCUUGGGCUACCGGGAGUCCAGUCACGGAGAGUCGGGCCAUGCAGAGACUCUUCCUAAAGAGCGUGCAACAGAGGGUAUUGCCAUGGAGAUUGACUAUUCUUCCUGUAAGAGGCUGGGGUCUAGUUAUAGAGCUCUUCCAAAAAGCUACCAGCAGCCCAAGUGCACAGGGAGGACGCCGCUGUGCAGAGAGGUGCUGAAUGACACGUGGGUGUCCUUUCCUUCGUGGUCUGAGGAUUCUACGUUUGUGACCUCAAAGAAGACUCAGUAUGAGGAGCACAUUUACAGAUGUGAAGAUGAGCGCUUUGAGCUGGAUGUUGUGCUGGAGACCAACCUCGCCACAAUAAGAGCGCUGGAGACUGUGCAGCGCAGGGUUUCCCGCAUGUCAGCUGAGGAGCAGUUGCGGUUCAAGCUGGACAACACGCUGGGCGGCUCGUCUGAGGUAAUUCACCGGAAGGCUAUCCAGAGGAUAUACGGGGACAAGGCCCAGGACAUCAUCGAUGGCCUCAAGAAAAACCCAGCUGUGUGUGUGCCAAUCGUGCUGAAAAGAUUAAAAAUGAAGGAGGACGAGUGGAGAGAAGCACAGCGAGGUUUCAACAAAAUCUGGCGCGAACAGAAUGAGAAGUAUUAUCUGAAGUCUCUCGACCAUCAAGGCAUCAACUUCAAGCAGAAUGACACCAAAGUUUUGCGCUCAAAGACUUUGCUCAAUGAAAUUGAGAUGCUGUACGAUGAUCGCCAGGAGCGAGCCUCAGAGGAAACCUCUUCCCCACCGCCAAGUGGCCCUCACAUGACCCUGAGCUACGACGACAGCCAGAUCCUGGAGGACGCUGCUGCGCUCAUCAUCCACCACGUCAAAAGACAAGUGGGCAUUCAGAAAGACGACAAGUACAAGAUCAAACAGAUAAUCCACCACUUCAUCCCUGACCUGCUGUUUGCUCGGCGAGGCGAGCUCUCUGAUGUGGAGGAGGAGGAAGAGGAGGAGGAGGAGGAAGACGACUUAGAGAUGGAUCAAGACGCCCCUAAGAAGCACAACGGCCUGCCAGGCAGCAGCCCCACCAAGUCCAAGCUGCUGUUCAGCAACACGGCAGCGCAGAAGCUCCGCGGCGUCGACGACGCCUACAACCUCUUCUUCGCCAACAACUACUGGUACGUCUUCCUUCGUCUGCACCACAUCCUCUGUUCCCGUCUGCUCCGCAUCUACGCCCAAGCAGAGAGGCAGAUUGAAGAGGAUGCCCGCGAGCGAGAGUGGGAGAGAGAGGUGUUGGGACUGAAGAAGGAGAAGAAUGAAAAUCCAGCGAUCCAGCUGAAGAUGAAGGAGCCGAUGGACGUCGACGUUGAGGAUUAUUACUCGGUGUUUCUGGAGAUGGUGCGUAAUCUUUUGGAUGGAAACAUGGAGCCAGCUCAGUACGAGGACUCCCUGAGGGAGAUGUUUACUAUCCACGCCUACAUCGCCUUCACGAUGGACAAACUAAUCCAGAGCAUUGUUCGGCAGCUCCAGCACAUUGUCACGGAUGACGGAUGUGCACGUGUAACGGACAUGUACCUGUCUGAAAGUGCCAACAAAGCCACAGGGGGCACGUUGUCCUCGCAGGCGUCCAGGUCCUCAGCAGAAGGAGCCUACCAGCGCAAAGUGGAGCAGCUCAUGUCGGACGAGAACUGCUUCAAGGUGAUGUUUGUAAAGAGUCGAGGGGCCGUGAGUCUGGCCAUGGAGCUGCUGGACACGGAAGAGGAGAACUCUGAUGAACCAGCAGACGCAGAGCGGUGGUCGGACUAUGUGGGCAGAUACCUGAACUCAGACUCUGCAUCCCCAGAGCUGCGCGAGCAUCUGGCCCAGAAGCCAGUGUUCCUCCCCAGGAACUUGAGACGAGUGAGGAAGUGCCAGAGAGGAUGGGAGCAGCUGCAGCAGGAGCGAAUGACCAAGGGCCCGUCGGACAAGUCGCAGGACGGCGGCAGUGAGCUGAAGCUGGAGUGCAUGUUCAAGCUCAACUCCUACAAGAUGGUCUACGUCUGCAAGUCUGAGGACUACAUGUACAGGCACACGGCGCUCACGCGGGCUCACCAGUCCCACCAGCAGGUGAACACCUGCCUGCACCGGCGCUUUCACACCUGGCUGGACGCCUGGGCCAAAGAGCACGUGACCAGCGACAUGGCUGCAGAGAACCACAAGUGGCUGAUGGGAGAAGCACAGGAAGACCAGAUGUCCUGCACCACCAGCCGCUGCCCAGACGUCCUCCAUUAUCUCAACGUUAACAAGUACCGGGUGAAGUACCCGCCGCUGUAGUCUUCACUGUGGCAGUAGCCGUCGUCGCACCAAACCAAACUGCCAGCGAUGACGUAGGAUUUACAGUAGCUUCGUGCAGAUGUUCCCGCCAUUAAUGAAUUUAGUUGCCAAGAUGUCGUCAGUCCACGAUUCAAAAGCCCAUCUGUCAAAGUGAUGUCCUUAUAAAUUAAAUCCAGGUUUUACAAGAAAUGAUUAUUGGGAAAAUAAAACACUUGUGUUGUAUAUUUGCAGCAAAUUACAGCUUAAGAAGGAAUCAUUUGUAACAGUGAUGUGUUUUUGAGCGUCUUCGCAUCAUUUCAUGAGAACAAACGACCUCGACUUCUCUCGUCAGGUAGCAGAAACAAGCCUCCGUUGAAAUGUGUGCGCUCGGACCGGCGUCCAGCUUAAACGUAGAACCUGUGAAUGUUUUCUGGGUAGUGAACGUCUCUGGCAAAUCCUGGCUGGAGUUUUAUCAGAUCAAUGCCAGCAGUGAGUUUCAGAUUUUAUGACCACCUAAACACUUGUAGUGUAAAUAUAUUGUUCAUAGUUUUUGUUUUUUGUUGUUUUAAAUCAAAUGUCAUUUAUGUGUAGCUACAUUAACAUACACAUAGUAUCGAUCUUUAGCUGGAGGUUGGAGAAAAGUUUAUUAAGAAGAUUUUAACUGUUUUUUACCAAAGGAUGUUAAAUAGGAGCCUCUUUGUUUGUGCUGUUGAACAUUUUGUCCCUCAAGUGUCUGUUUAGUAGAACUUUUAUACAUGUUUUCAGCCCUUUCUGCGCAUUUCUACUUUGGGUUGGGAUUGGCGUCACUCGUGGUUUUUGGAUUAUUGAAUGUAACUGAUCAGCGGUUUUUCAGAUACUCUGGAAAACGGUACCAACCCUGUUUGUUACCAGCUGUAAGAUACGUGGUCUCAUGAUGGAGCGCCUGGUUUAGUCUGUGUCCAUGUAUAGUAUGUCUGUACAUGAAUGUGACCUGUGUACAAAGAGCAAUAAUUCCUUCAGUCACAGUUGAUCAAAACGAACUGUUUGUAUUUCUCUGUGAAAUACAAAUGUGAAUUUUGUAUUCCCUUAAAACAGGGACGUAAACUCCAGGUUUUGUAUCGCCUGGUCCCCUCCGCAGGCCGUUGAAACUGCAGCUGGCCGUAGAUGUCUGGUGGGUUAGAACACAGGCUGCGUGGACGCCAACGGGUGCCAGAGCACGUCCUCCUCUGGGCAGCGUUGGUUCCGUCAGCAGCUACAGACAAUCCAAGCGUUUAUUACUGGUUUAAUAUGGAACCUCACAGAAGUGACUGGAGGAGCUGAUUGUAUAUAAAGACAUUGUUUGUACCUCGUUUAAUGUGUCUGUUCUCUUGACUUUUAUGAUGUUGUACAUGAGUGUUAGUUUGGUGUUUGGCAUUAAACUAUUCUUUGAAUAGACAGAAA